GGCAAAUUACAAUGGGAGCACAAAAUUAAAAUCCAAAGAAAUCUAUAGUAUAUCAUAUAUACCUGAGAAAGGGAUUUUGCAAAUAUGGGGUCUCUUCUUCUAUUCAUUUUCCUUUUAUUACCACCAUUGAUGAUCUUCGUGUUCUUCCCAAGAAAAUCAAAAUCCUAUAAGCUACCUCCGGGGCCCCGUGGCCUGCCGGUUCUAGGCAACAUGCUAGACCUAGGACCCGAACUGCACAAAACAAUGGAAGGGCUGAAACAAGAGUACGGCCCUGUUGUUUGGCUAAGGAUAGGCACCCUAAACACCGUGGUUAUCCAAACCGUCGUCGCCGCUACCGAGCUGUUCAAGAACCACGACGUCUCCUUCGCGGACCGCAAAAUCCGCGACGUCAACUGGGCCUACAAUUAUGCCGACGCCUCUCUGGCGCUAGCCCCCUACGGCGCGUUCUGGCGGGUGCUACGGCGGAUCUGCAGCGCCGAGAUGUUCACUGGCCGGAAAAUGAACGACACGGCGGCUAUUAGAAGAAAGAGCGUCGACGACAUGCUUAUGUGGAUUGAGAAAGAAGCUAUAGCUGCAGGGCGUGGUGGUGUUGAAGUGGCGCGGUUUGCUUUCCUGGCGUCGUUUAACAUGCUGGGGAACAUCGUGAUGUCGCGUGACUUAGCGGAUCCUGACGCCGAGAUAACCUCGGAGUUCUUCAAUGCCAUGACGAGAAUAAUGGAGUGGUCGGGGCGUCCGAAUAUUUCCGACAUCUUUCCUUGUCUUAGGUUGCUUGAUUUGCAGGGAUUAAGAAGGAAGAUGGCUCGCGAUCUCAGGAUAACAAUGGGAAUCGCUUCAUCGUUCUUGAAGGAACGCAUGAAAGAAGGAGCUGAUGACACAGAAAAUCUGAAAGAUUUCUUGAGCGUACUGCUUGAAUUCAAGGGCAAAGGAAAGGACGAACCGGAGAAGUUAUCAGAACAUGAAAUUCUCGUACUCAUAGUGGAGAUGUUUUUAGCGGGCACAGAAACGACAAGCAGCACGGUGGAGUGGGCAAUGACAGAGCUUCUAAAGAACCCUGAAGCAAUGGAGAAGGUGAGAGCAGAGAUUUCAAAGGUGGUCGGAUCAGAAAAGAAGUUGGAGGAGAAUGACAUCGACAAUCUGCCAUAUCUACAAGCAGUGGUGAAGGAGACAUUCCGUCUACAUCCUCCGCUCCCUUUCCUGAUACCAAGAAAAGCAGUUGAGGACACCAAGUUCAUGGGAUACGACGUGCCAAAAGACACGCAAGUGCUCGUCAAUGUUUGGGCAAUGGGAAGAGACCCAGAGUGUUGGGAAGACCCAUUGACGUUUAAGCCCGAGAGGUUUCUUGGCUCAAAUAUUGAUGUAAAGGGGCAGCAUUUUGAACUUAUACCGUUUGGGGCUGGUCGGAGAAUCUGUGUUGGGCUUCCGUUAGGGCACCGUAUGACGCACUUGGUCUUGGGGUCGUUGCUCCACCAAUUCGAAUGGGCAGUUGAGCGGUGUGUUGAUCCCAAAACUAUGGAUAUGAGGGACAGGGUGGGCAUCACAUUGAGAAAGCUCCAACCUUUGAAAGCAAUAUAAUACCAAAAAAGCGUGUGAUUGGAAACUUGUAGAUGGGAAUAUCAUAUCAAAAAUCUUGUGGUCCCGUACCAAGUUGCUUCCUUAUGUGGGAAGUGGUGGGUUCAAGGAUAGGUGGAGGUGAUUAUGAUGACAUUUAAUUUUGAUAUAGUUACUUAUAUAUGUUGGUAUUCCCUUCCCUUAUAAUUAAA